CAAAUUGCCCCGAAGUUCCUCCCCUUGCUAGCUAUAAGCCUAAACAAACAAGAGAUCACUACAAAUGGCAAUAGAGAAGCUUUACAUAAUCUUGGUUGCCAUGGCAGUCUUCUUGUUGGCUAGCAGGGUAACAUCUCAAGCUGCUCUUGCUCCUGCUCCGGAUAGUCUACCCUUUAUUGCGGAUUACUUUACUGAACAUGAGAAGUUUCUUGAAGUUUGUCCAAUUUUCAAACACAUAACUGAUAAUAAGUGUCGGAUAGCCAUUGAAGUAAACGUAUUUUCUGACACAAAAUAUACUAUCACCAAGGACUGUUGUAAGCAGCUUGUUUCUUUCGGGCGUAAAUGUUUUAAAGCCUUUGUGGAUGCAUUGAAGUUUAGUCAAACUUGGCGCCCUGCUAAAUUCUUCGCUGGUGCGGACAAGCAUACGCUGGAUUCAUUUGGAGCAGGUGUUUUGCGUCUGGCGGAUGAAGUUUAUUAUAUAUGCACUCUAAAAAUCAAAGAAUAGUACACAAUUGUGCCUUCCUCUUCUAAAGAAGACUUGUUCCUUCCUUUCUCUUUUCCUAUGGCAUUUGUCUAUUAUCCAUUCUCAUAAUAAUAAUAAUAAUAAUAAUAAUAAUAAUAAUAAAUACAAAUCAAUCUC